GCGACAACAGGACAGUAAACAAGCUUGAAAACACGUAUCACCGAUUCUGAGUUUAAACACAACGUAAAAAGAGGUUUAUUAUGCCCAAAGUGGUUUCUCGCAGUGUGGUGUGCUCGGACACGCGUGACCGGGAGGAGUAUGAUGACGGAGAGAAACCCCUUCACGUGUAUUACUGUCUAUGCGGCCAGAUGGUGUUGGUUCUGGACUGUCAGAUAGAGAAAUUACCCAUGAGACCUCGGGACAAAGCCAGAGUGAUUGAUGCCGCAAAACACGCCCACAAGUUCUGCAACGUGGAGGAGGAUGAGGCUGUGUACUUGAAAAGGUCAGAGGGCAUUGAAAGACAGUAUCGAAAAAAAUGUGGAAAGUGUGGUUUGCUUUUGUUUUAUCAGCAUCAAAUGAAGAGCACACAAACAACGUUCAUAGUGGACGGAGCUUUGGUGAAGUUUGGCCAGGGAUUUGGCAACACAAGUGUCUACAGUCAGAAACAAGAGACACCCAAGAAAGUCAGAGUUAUGAUGACCAAGCGCACCAAAGACAUGGGAAAGUUCAGCUCUGUUACUGUUUCAACUAUUGAUGAAGAAGAGGAAGAGAUUGAAGCGCGGGAGGUGGCAGACUCUUAUGCCCAGAAUGCCAAAGUGAUUGAGAAACAGCUGGAGAGGAAAGGAAUGAGCAAGAGACGACUUCAGGAGCUGGCGGAACUUGAGGCCAAGAAAGCCAAGAUGAAGGGAACUCUCAUCGACAACCAGUUCAAGUGAAGACUGUGUGUGAAUGAGACUGAGCAAAUGGAAAGAGAUGCUGCAAAGAGGAGGGAUAUUGUUUUUUACUUUAUUAUUUUUUUAAUUACACAUUUGUUAAAUGUUUGAAUGGUAAAAAUCUUUUUCACGCUAAUGUUUAUUAAAUUAAAAACAACUGAAUGUCACUGUA